AUGGAUCAAAGCCCACCAGCCCACACCACCACUACCACAGCCACCAACCCUGUCACCACCCCACCAGCCCACACCACCACUACUACAGCCACCAACCCUGUCACCACCCCAUCAGCCCACACCACCACUACUACAGCCACCAACCCUGUCACCACCCCAUCAGCCCACACCACCACUACUACAGCCACCAACCCUGUCACCACCCCAUCAGCCCACACCACCACUACUACAGCCACCAACCCUGUCACCACCCCACCAGCCCACACCACCACUACUACAGCCACCAACCCUGUCACCACCCCACCAGCCCACACCACCACUACUACAGCCACCAACCCUGUCACCACCCCACCAGCCCACACCACCACUACUACAGCCACCAACCCUGUCACCACCCCACCAGCCCACACCACCACUACUACAGCCACCAACCCUGUCACCACCCCACCAGCCCACACCACCACUACUACAGCCACCAACCCUGUCACCACCCCACCAGCCCACACCACCACUACUACAGCCACCAACCCUGUCACCACCCCACCAGCCCACACCACCACUACUACAGCCACCAACCCUGUCACCACCCCACCAGCCCACACCACCACUACUACAGCCACCAACCCUGUCACCACCCCACCAGCCCACACCACCACUACUACAGCCACCAACCCUGUCACCACCCCACCAGCCCACACCACCACUACUACAGCCACCAACCCUGUCACCACCCCAUCAGCCCACACCACCACUACUACAGCCACCAACCCUGUCACCACCCCACCAGCCCACACCACCACUACUACAGCCACCAACCCUGUCACCACCCCAUCAGCCCACACCACCACUACUACAGCCACCAACCCUGUCACCACCCCACCAGCCCACACCACCACCCCACCAGCCCACACCACCACUACUACAGCCACCAACCCUGUCACCACCCCACCAGCCCACACCACCACCCCACCAGCCCACACCACCACUACUACAGCCAUCAACCCUGUCACCACCCCACCAGCCCACACCACCACUACUACAGCCACCAACCCUGUCACCACCCCACCAGCCCACACCACCACUACUACAGCCACCAACCCUGUCACCACCCCAUCAGCCCACACCACCACUACUACAGCCACCAACCCUGUCACCACCCCACCAGCCCACACCACCACUACUACAGCCACCAACCCUGUCACCACCCCACCAGCCCACACCACCACUACUACAGCCACCAACCCUGUCACCACCCCACCAGCCCACACCACCACUACUACAGCCACCAACCCUGUCACCACCCCACCAGCCCACACCACCACUACUACAGCCACCAACCCUAUCACCACCCCACCAGCCCACACCACCACUACUACAGCCACCAACCCUGUCACCACCCCACCAGCCCACACCACCACUACUACAGCCACCAACCCUGUCACCACCCCACCAGCCCACACCACCACUACUACAGCCACCAACCCUGUCACCACCCCACCAGCCCACACCACCACUACUACAGCCACCAACCCUGUCACCACCCCACCAGCCCACACCACCACUACUACAGCCACCAACCCUGUCACCACCCCACCAGCCCACACCACCACUACUACAGCCACCAACCCUGUCACCACCCCACCAGCCCACACCACCACUACUACAGCCACCAACCCUGUCACCACCCCACCAGCCCACACCACCACUACUACAGCCACCAACCCUGUCACCACCCCAUCAGCCCACACCACCACUACUACAGCCACCAACCCUGUCACCAGUCACCAACUCAACCGACACCACACAAUUCCAGAAAUCAACCAGAACCGCAUGCACUGCCUCUCUGAUCAACACCAACCACCAGUCAUGCCGUUCAAACCAUCUAGAUUCACAAAGCAGUAUAACGCCCAGCGCCCAUCCACGUGGUAA